AUGGGCGACGACGGUCCGGCAGGCACAGGCGCAGGCGCCUUGGACGAGAGUGGCGUUGUUGGUGCUGGUAGUACUGUUACUGCUGGCGAAGCUGGCGAGGUGGCGGCGGCAGGAGAGAGUGCAAGGAAGGUGCGGAUUCCGUCAAAGAGCGCGCUGCGAGGGCCGACCGAUUACUCCAACUGGUUGAUUCCGGGCACGGUGCUGCUCGGGGCUUAUCCGGGCUCGCUCGAUGACCAUGUUCAUCGCGAACAGCUGCUGGCCAUUCUACAGACGGGCGUGACCGCGUUUGUGUGCCUGCAAGACGAGAUUGACCCGUAUGCCGACCCUGAUGCUUGGCGGAGCGGGACGGCUAUCCGGCCGUACAUCGAUGACGCGCGGGCACUGCUGAUGGAACCAGAGCUAGGGCUGACACAGAACGACGCAGCGUUUCUCUACUUUCCCAUCCCGGACUGCGGCGUCGCUGAUGACGCUGACGUUCAGCACUUUGCACGGCAUCUACACGAGCGGGUCCUCGCCGGGGACGUGCUCUACAUCCACUGCUGGGGUGGGCACGGCCGAACUGGCACCAUCGCCUGUAUCUUGCUUGCGCUGCGAUACGGGCUCUCUGCACCACAGGCCGAAGAAUGGGUCCAGUACGCGCACGACACCCGCGUGUACCCGCAGGACAUGCGCUCGCCGCAGACAGCCGUCCAGCGGCUGCAAGUUCGGCGAGUGAUCGAGGCGUUGGAAACGGCGGGCGGGCGUGGUGGCUCAGCCAGUACCGCGAGCGAGCGGCAGCGAGCGACAGGGCGGCCGUCGACCGCGCCGCGCAAGUGCGUCACCUUUUCCGACCUCUCCAACCAGACGUUUGUCAUUGGCGAGGGCAAGGUGAGCGCAGGGCCCGGACUACGUGGGUCGUCGGCGUCGGCAUCGCUCCGCAGGUCGCGAGCGGUCCGGGCGCACCUCUCCAAGCGCAACAAGUCGCGGCGGGCGGCAGGCGGGAGCGCACGAAGCGGGAGCGAGGGUGGCCGGCAGUCGCGGCGGGCGCGGCCGUCGUCGGCGCCGUCGGCGCGGACGGCGCCCAGGCCAGGCUUCCAGUUCCGGGCCUCGGGCUCGACGUUUACUCAGCCGAGCGAGUCUGCACUCUCGCUGGCGGUGGUCGGCGUCAAGCCGCGAACGACGCGGCCAGGCUCUGCAGGCUCGGUGCGCGGGCGGCGGCGGGCGGCGUCGGCGUCGCAGCGAUACGCGCACGUCCAGGCCAAGGCCCUCGGAGACUGCGCCGACGCGGUGGGAACGGGGGUUCACAGGGUGGUGGCUCACGACGAUGAGCUCGAUGACGUUCCGCGCGAGCUCGAUGACGAGCCCGAGGAGCUCGACGAUGAGCUCGACGAUGAGCUCGACGAAGAGCCGAGCUCGGCAGCGCAGCGCCGCCGGGUCUGUCCCUUUGCCCUUGCCCUUGCGCUUGCGCUGCUCGCGACGGAGGCUUGCCCGGGACUCGGCCUUGGCCUUUGA